GAUGCGCCAUUAUGCGCAAAGGCCAACAAAAAUAAAAACUCAAUCUCCCACGAUGCCGUGCGUUUCCUCCGCUAUCUCGCGCCUUUCCAUCUUGUUCCACUCUAGAGCUCAGCGCCGUAGUUGUUGUUGUGGUAUGUAAUAAUGGCGGCAGUAGGAGGCGGAUUACCAGCCUCGGCUGUCGUAGCGAACGUAAACAGCUCCGCCACCGUUCGCUGCCGUUUCCCAGGUCGGCCAUGGACAUCUCGGAGCCUGCUGAAGACGGAGAAACGCUUUCACGUCGGUCGGGUGAGGACUGAAGACAGAGAAGGGCCGAGGCCCGUCGACGUUAGAGCUACGCUGAGAGAGGAUUCGUCACUAUCACGCUUGCUCGGGCUGGCGGAGAAACACCGGCGCCAGCGCGAGGCGGGAUUCUGCACGAGCGGGAGCGAUGAGGAGGGAGACUUCACAGGCUUUAGAGUGGAUGGUCAAUGGUCCACGAGUUCUGGACAAGGCUCAUCAAGCAAAACCCUUAAACUGGCAUCCUCACAGGUGAAGCCACCUUUGGCGCCAAAUCUAAAAUCAAGACUAUUGAAAAAACCUGAUAUGAAAGGCAAAAGAUUUUCCAGAACCGACCAAAAAUCUGAGAGGCCUAAAAUGGUUAUUAAAUUGGCAUCCAAGAAGGUGAACAAAAAGAUCAUGGAACAGUCACAAAGGCCAUCUGUGGAUAAAGAUAAACCACUGAAACAGGGCAGCUCAAGUAAGAAAAAUGGCAGGGUACUCGGGAACCAGAAAGAGGGAACAGAAGCCUCCUCAAAGACAGAAAAUCAUGAAAAUGGUCAUAGGGCUUUUGAAGAGGAAGAGAUCACCGGAAGGGCAAAGGAGCGUGGUUCCAUUAAAGUAGACAGACGGACGAGGCCGGGCAAAUUAGUGUGGAGCUUAACACUGGUUAAAGGUAAAGAGCGAGCCACCAGAGUUAGAGACACCCAAAACCAAAGAGCUUCAGCAGAAUAUGCUAAGACCCACAGGAACAAGACAGAGGGAAUGACUGCUAGUGAUCAGAAAGGUGCUGUACCCUCAAAACCAGUGGCCAAACAGAGAAGGGGCAGAAGGACAGACAUAAACAAGGAGCCUCUAGAAUCUCUUGGUGAUGCAGGACCUUCUUUUAGUGAUAGUUUAAGUUCUUCCCGAAAGCAGCCUUUUGUUAGACUACAAAGAAAGUUACUGCAACAGGAGGUGCGCCGCAAAGUACCUCGCAGUCCAGGACAGGCCCCUAGCAUGCCAAGAAAGAGACAGCGACUUGCUCUAGAGACAGACUCCACACACGUGCUGCAGCCGGUGGAAGGACAGGAACAGGCAGUUGGAGAGAUUGAGAGAUCCAAGCCUGGAAGCCAAUCUAAACAGCCUAAACAACCCGCUAGACCAAUUGUUAGUGCUCGAUCUUCCCGGGUCAUCAAGGUCCCGAAGAGGUUCAUGGAUGAUGAGCGCAUGUCUGCGCUUCCAGAACGAGGUUCCCCAAAGAAGCCAGCUCUUACUGAGAUCCCGGUGGUUCUCGAGGAACCGAAUAUUGAGCUCCAACCCCUUCAUUCUGGAAGCAAGCCAAAGACUGCACAAGAACAACUCAUCCUAAACAACGAUGAAAAGAUGCAAUCUCAGGGCGUCAAACCCAUUUUGAGUUCCUAUAGGCUGUCUGGUGGUCCUCGCGGGAGGGGUAGGAGACUUGGCCAAUCUGCAGACCACUAUAAGAUAUACUGGAAAUUGAAGAAGCUCACAGCAUGCCUGACAAAACGAAGGAUGGAGCGGAUUGCCAGUGCAAGCUCCAAGCUAACAGAGGACGGUGCGAUGGGAGGGAUCCUUGAUGUGGGAGGAAGAAAGUCUGAUCUCAAAUUGCAGGACAUGUAUUCUCCAGGAGUGGUGCCAAAAGUAACCAUACAUGUUGGGAAACUCUCUGAUCAGAUUCCGCUUGUAUCUUUGGCAGAAGUCCCUGCUAAGGAAAACGUAGAGACUACCAGCCUUGAAGGCACCACUGAAACAACCGCACAAAGUGCCCAGAUGAUGGUGGAGCAAGGUGGAAACCCCCAGAGAAUGAGUAUUUCCAGGGCCAAUAAGAGGAUGUUCCACCUGCUGAAGAGAGCAAGAGUCCAACUGAUUAAAAUCGACCAACAGAAACAGCUCAAAUCAGCUCAGAUUCUGUCUAACUCUGUGAGAGUAAGAGAGAGAUCCGCAGGAGUCAUGCAGAGAGGCAGAAAGAGGGGGAAGAGAGUAGUCCCAGUUAACCCAGAGGGAGCUCCACAGGAGCAAUUGAUUGGUGGUCCACGUAUAAAGCAUGUGUGUCGAGCAGCAGCAGUCGCACUGGGACAACCACGUGCCAUGGUUCCCGACGACAUUCCCAGGCUCAGUGCCCUUCCUCUUCAUGAGAGAGAGGGGAUCAAUCCUUCACCUGCCGAAGAGGAUGUUGCAUCUCACUCAGAAGCUGAGAGUGAAGAAUCUGUUGAACCGAAGCUGACAAUUAGACGCAGGUACGAAAGCACAGCCCUUGGCUGUCGGCUAAAACGCUGCUUGCGCUGCAAGGGCUGCAAUCGGCUGGAGGACUGCGGGAGGUGUGUGUACUGUCUGGACAAGCCCAAAUUUGGAGGACCCAACAAGAAACGACAGAGCUGUGUCCUAAAGAAGUGUGUGCUGAUUGAGCGGAACAAAAUGAAACGAUUUAACAAAGUCCAGGUGAAGCGGCGCCGGCCAUCAGUGGCAGAAGGCAUGAACAGCAGUGAGGAAGAAAACCAGGAGGAAGGGGGAGAUGAUGGAGGAGGACAGGCCCAGUUCAGCCCCACUAGGAGGCAGCCCAGACGACAAGUCACUCCUCAGUCCUACAGAAAACUGCUGGGGUACGACUCCUCUGACACAGAGACACAGAGUGUCAGCUCUGAAAAGACAAAGGCCAGCGAGACCCAAAAGACUCAGUCAAGUGAAAUGGCUACUUCUGUAACUGCUCCAGAAGAGGCAGCAAAGCAGAAACGGCAAGGGCUUUACAAAGCUUUUUGGGCCCAACGCAGAAAUAAGGAGCCACUUGAACCAUCAUCAUCCUGGGAUCCACCAGUACCACCCCACCAUCCCUUCACCCCCACAGGAAGUCCCUGUUUCAAGCCUGGGCGCAGGCUGCAGUUGCGGCUGGAAAGGCUUCCAGCCAGUGUUGUGCAAGCGGGCCAUUUGGGAUUAGCAGUCCCGCUUACUGAAUGCGACAGCACAAACUCACAGAAAGUGAUGUGUGAAGUGGUGAAAGAGGAGCAACCUUUUACUCAUUGCUCCUCUCUUGCUCAUUCUCAGACUUCGGUGGAGCACACUCCGUCCAGUGUCCUGACUCCACAGGUCAAUGGCUCCACCCAGAGGGGCAAGCUGUCACAGGGGACAAUGAACAAGAUUCGUGUGGACUUCAAGGAAGACUGUCACAUCCAGAAUGUGUGGUUGAUGGGAGGAUUGAGUAUUCUCACUUCAGUCCCCAUCAUGCCCCAGUUUGUGUGUCUGCUCUGUGCCAGCAAAGGACAGCAUGAUAUGAUCUACUGUCAAAUGUGCUGUGAGCCUUUUCACCAUUUCUGCCUGCCACCGGAUGACCGUCCAAAGGAGGAGAACAAGGAGAACUGGUGCUGCAGACGCUGCAAGUUCUGCCAUGUUUGUGGCCGCAAGAGCAAGCAAGCAAAGCCAGUUUUGCAGUGCAAAAGAUGCAUGUACUGCUAUCAUCCAUCUUGUUUAGGACCCACAUAUCCCAAACCUGUCAAAAUGAACUCCUCAUGGAUUUGUAUGCUGUGUAUUAGGUGUAAGAGCUGUGGUGUCACACCUGGGAAGUCCUCAGACACGUCCUGGAACCAUGAGCUGGAACUCUGCCCUGACUGUAGCAAACUUCAUAGCAAAGGGAACUUCUGCACUGUGUGUCUGAAGUGCUACGAAGAACAUGAGUUUGACAGCAGUAUGAUGCAGUGUGCCCGAUGUGCCCACUGGGUCCAUCCCAAGUGUGAGGGGCUCACAGAUGAUCUGUAUGAGAUCCUGUGUCGUCUGCGGGGGAAGAGUCUGGUGUUCUCCUGUGCUCCCUGCAGUAAGAAAUUCCGUAGCGGUUGGCAGGACGUUGUUCAGGAAGUUUUGAGGAGCGGCCUGGAAAAGAUCAUGAAUGGAUUGAAGAGUUCUCCGACCAUCAGUCACCUCCUCAUGUGUGCAGAGUGUGAGGUGUGUCCAGAUUUUGAGGUUGUAAAGGAGCGGUCAGGCUGUUGUCUGCAUCCUGUAGAGCAGAAGCUGGAGAGUGGCCUGUACACUUCACUGAAAGUGUUUCACGAGGAUGUGGUGGCAGUGAUGGUGGAAAGGCUGAGAAAAGAAUAUCUUUUAGAGGAGCAAAAGCCCACCGGUCAAGCCAAACUGUAUUAUAUUAAGUUAGUAGAACAAGUAUUUAGCUGGUUUAACAGUCAGGACCCCAAAAUGUGGAACUGUCAUAUGCAAGAAUAUCCAAGCGGUAUGCUCCCUGAGGCCAUAAUUCCCCCCAGCGAUGAACACAGUUAUGCACAAUGGCUCAAAGAGCAGGAUCCAGAAAACCCUCAUUCGAAAUCUCAAGAUCUGCAGAAUGUGAACUCUCAGUUCUUCACGGAUGAAAGACAGUGCUCCCUCUGCCAGCAACAUGGAGAUGCCAAACCGAAUAAUGCUGGUAGGCUGCUUUAUAUUGGACAGAAUGAAUGGGCUCAUGUGAACUGCUGCAUGUGGUCGGCAGAGGUGAAGGAUGUCAAAGGAGCUUUGCUGCAUGUCCACAGUGCCGUCACCAGGGGCCGCCUCAUGCGUUGUGAGCAUUGUGGCCAAACAGGGGCGACUGUGGGCUGUUGUCUUACCUCGUGUCAGAGUAACUACCACUUCAUGUGUGCUCGUGCCAGCAGCUGCGUCUUCCAGUGUGAUAAGAAAGUGUACUGUUACAAACAUCGGGACCUCAUAAACACUAAGAUUGAACAAGGCAAUGGGUUUGAAGUUCUCAGAAGGGUCUACGUAGAUUUUGAUGGAAUUAGUCUGCGUAGGAAGUUUCUAACAGGCUUGGAGCCAGAGUCUGUAAAUGUGAUGAUUGGGUCUCUACAUGUACAAAAACUUGGUGUUCUGACGGAGCUGUCUGCAAAUUCUGGAAAAUUGUAUCCAGUUGGUUACCAAUGUUCUAGAUGGUAUUGGAGCACCGUUGACCCUCGCAGGAGAUGCCGGUACACUUGUAAAGUGACAGAGGUGCGACCAUCAACACGGUGCAGAGCUCCUAGCUCCAUGGUGGAUCAGGGAGAAAAUCACACAAUUGUACACAGUCCAAAAGCUCACAAUGAUGAAGAGGGCACAGAUAGCGAGUCCUUGUCACCUGAGAUGCCCCCCAGCACCCCCUCCAAGACCAAACAAGACUUAGGGGCUGGAGGCAAGACUCCUGGCUAUCCACACAGCAGGAGACCAACAGGGGGACUGUCCAGACCAUUACCUUCCCCAGGAAAUGCUGUUUCCACAUCCCAUCAUAUUUUGACCAUUAGUGACCUUGAUGAGACACGGCGUGCAACACGGAGACUUUCCACACGUAGCCGAAAUGCCUCUCCUCCCCCUGUGGUUCUGUCAGGCCCAAUGGCUUUGCGAUCAGGUGGCACGAUUCACCCUAGGUCGCUUUCAUUCAGCCCCCCUGUCUCACCUCUUGGUACAACUGAGAACUUCAUGAGCUCCACCUCACCUCGACGAAGGGGGAGGCCUUCCUCUUUGUCUCCCUCUAGCAUCACCUCUGGACCCUCUCCUCCACAAGCAGCUCUACGAAGUCCCUCUUCCACCUUUCAUUCAUCUGUCCACCACUCCCCAAGACAUAAACAGCCUUUCAAAACCACACAGCAUAAGACUGAUGAGGUGGAUCAAGAGCUCUUUGCCUUGUCAGAACCGGAGGAGGCUGCAGGCGCACCAAGCCACAAAUUUCCUGCCUCAUCCAACAAGUCGAAUCAAGAACUGCUCUCUGCGCACUUUGAUCCAGACACAGAUGUGGCUGUGGCCUCAGUAUUGAAUGCAAAGCUUGAAUUUGAUGAGGCUUUGCUCAAUGAAAAUGUGGCUCUGGACUGCGACCCUCAAGUUGGUGAGGGAGAUGCAGAAGAAGGAACCUGCAAAUUCAGCACUGGCAGCAAAGACUUGACUUCAGAGAUGGAAAUGGAAACAAUUGAUGAUGUCGCUGACCAUUAUCUGAAUUUCUCUCGCACAGUUGUGGUCCAAGAAUCUGCACAGACAGGUCUCUCAGUCCUUUCUAACUCAGGGUCCAUCUCUCAGCUGGAUGGAGCUGACAAUGACUCGGAGAGUGAUACAGGUGAAGCCAAUGCAGCUGAUGAUACUCAGGAAGUAGGAAGUAGUUUUUGUAGUCAGGAAACUGAGCCAUUAAAGUGCACUGGUCCAAACAAGGGCCGAACUCUUGGUGACGGGCAGCUAGUUUGCCCAAGAUCACUUAUUGCAAAUCAACAUCAGAAUUCUGAGCUAGAGACUCAAAACAUGGACCAAGUCUGUGAAGAACAGGAAAUUCAGGAAAUAACUUCUUUAGAAGACGCUGAAAACGUAUUUAUUGAUUCUGAAGUAUCGAACGGACAAGUGUCAUUUGCAGAUCAACUACAGGCCACAACCCCUCUCCUUUGCAAAGACAGUGAUCUUGUUACGACCCAAGAAGAAGUCUUGCUCGAAAAUGAAUCAACAGAAUGUUUGCAGGAAAUGUUCUUGGAUGACACCAGUGGGAAUUUCAUAUCUGCUGUUGAUGGAAGAGUUCUGGAUUUGACAAAAAAUGCUGCUUGUCUUGUGGCGGCAACUGAUUCCUCACCAGUAAACAAGGAUGAUGCUGUUUUAAAGAGAGGUCUGUCACCUGUUGAGAAACUGGCGACCGCUGUGCCAAUGAGUAGUACUAAAACAAUUCAUGUUGUUGCACCAGCUGCUCUCACAAAACGACGCUUUGUGACCAUACAACCGGGCUCCAAACCCAAACCCUUCCAUAUGACAAUGCCUGUUGCCAACUCUCUACCACUAUCCUUGCCUGUCAGUGUUGUCUCAUCUUCUCCCACCUUUUCUGUUGCACCACAAGGAACUCAUCUUGCUCCUGCUUCAGUUUUAAUAAAUGGUUUUGGAGCUCUACCUAGGGAAGCCACUAAGGGUCAUAGGAUUGCCAUACGCAUUGCCACCCCAAAACGAGUGUCUGAACAGUCUCUGCCCCAGAGUUCACCUGGUACACCUCUUACACCUCAGGUUCUUCUGGUCAACCGUGCGGGACAGAUUCUAGUGAAAAACCCGCAAACGAAUACAUACCAAUUAACUAACUCUAAUUCUCCCUCGUACACCCAAAUCAGCCAGAUUGCGAAGAUAAUCCACAGCAGUAAUGUUCUCCAGCGACCUGUCCCUAAGGUUACAGUGAUACCAGUGCCGCAGGUUCAGGCUAGUCUCGGCAAAACCACACCAACACGUAUCAUAUCUUACAGCAGCAACAACAGAGCAACACCACCAACCCAGGUGCUAAUCAGGAGGAUUCCUCAGAGUCAUCCUGGAAGCCAAUUACACAGCACCAGUCCGUCAAUAGAAAGAACUGGCUUGAUUUCUGAAAGUGGGCAGAAGGCAGUGGCCCAGGAGAUAAUUGACAAAGCAAUGGCAAGUCACCGUGAAAUAGCCAGUCCCACUGACAUAAGCCCUUCUCCACUCCACCUUGAAAAACGCCUCUCUCCUGAAUCAAAGGAUUCAUUCCCUGGCUUUCAUCUUCAGACUCAACCCAACAUUUUGUCCCACUCCAGACCUCAAGUCAAGGUCAAGAGAGUGUCUUCAGUAACUGAUCGAAUUGGUGUGAAAAGAUGCCGUACUGACUUCUUGGACCAGAUGGGUCCUUGUUCUCAGAGUGACAACAGCAGAUCAAACCGGGUUAGAAUAAAGGCCCCAAGUUUUAAGGAUGUGCUCGACUUUGACGACCCUGAUGUUGGAUCUCUUAACCAGCCAAAGAACGAUGAAAAUAAGAGAAUUACUCCAAAUCAAUCAGAGCCCACUUCAGUGCAGGGAAAUGACACACGGGACAGUGCUAAAUCUCAGUGUACGAGCUACAAACAUGGUGAUUCCUCAGAAUGGGCCCCCUAUGCAGGUUGGAGUUCAGACGAGGACUCUCCAUCAACAGGCAAGCAGGAUAAGUGUGCCAGUCAUUAUCUGCCCCAUCUAUGCUUCCAGAUUACCAGUGAGGAUGGCUUUAGCGUAGAAGCUGACAGCAUGGAUGUGGCGUGGAAGGCAGUAAUGGACGGUGUCCAGGAGGCACGGGUAGGCUGUCGGCUAGAGCAGUUUCCCUUCAACAGGAUAAGUGGUGCCAGGGUUCUGGGUGUCCUCCACGAUGCUGUGCUCUUUCUGCUGGAGCAGCUGCAGGGUGCUUCCCUCUGCCAGAAACACAGUUUUCGUUUCCACCAGCAUGAAGUACCGGAAGAAGAGCUGCCAAUAAACCCCAGUGGCUGUGCCCGUGCAGAGGUCUAUGUGCGAAAAUCUACCUUUGAUAUGUUCAAUUUCCUGGCAUCGCAACAUCGUCAGCUUCCUGAGUCAAGGCCAUGUGAUGAUGAGGAGGAUGACGUUAUGCUAAAAUCCAGCAGACGAGCCACAAGUACAGAGUUGCCAAUGGCUAUGAGGUUCAGACACUUGGAGAAAACCUCUAAAGAGGCUGUGGGAGUUUACAGAUCUGCUAUACAAGGUCGUGGUCUUUUCUGCAAGAGGAACAUUGAGGCUGGAGAGAUGGUGAUCGAGUACGCUGGCAACGUCAUCCGCGCAGUUCUCACUGACAAAAGGGAGAAAUACUAUGACAGCAAGGGCAUCGGCUGCUAUAUGUUUCGCAUUGACGACUUUGAUGUGGUGGAUGCCACCAUGCACGGAAACGCGGCACGAUUUAUAAAUCACUCCUGUGACCCUAACUGUUACUCAAGAGUCAUCAAUGUGGAGGGCCAGAAGCACAUCGUUAUAUUCGCCCUGCGGAAGAUUUACCGUGGAGAAGAGCUUACCUAUGACUACAAGUUCCCCAUUGAAGAUGCAAACAACAAGUUGCACUGUAACUGUGGGGCCCGGCGCUGCCGACGCUUCCUGAACUAAAACUGGCUUGUUUACUCAAUAGUUUAGGAGGGGAUAUUUUGGUAUGGGUGGCUAUUUUUGAAUGAAGACACUCAUUACAGGUGCUUAAUGGUGCGGAGAUGAAGAAAACACAAUAUUGAGAUUGUUUGGCAGGGUGUAUGGCCUUUUUAGACCACCAGCACGUCUUGAUUGGUUACCUCGAGUGAGUUAUAUUUCCUACCCCAACAUUUAACAACCCAGUAACGUCCUGCACUGGAUGAGGCCGUUGGCUUUGAUUCAACAAUUAAAAAUUGUGACCUCAAACGAAUACCCUUUACUUAACUAUUUCACCUGUCCUUGUGCUACUUUGUCCCAGCAUGCCUUUCAAAUCUUGCCACUGGUGGCUGGUAAUGCAGUAGAUCUAUUCUGGAAUGAGCCUUUAGUGUCAGAAUAAAUGUACAGUGGUUUUAA